GCUAGCCACUAUCGGAUUUCCGACGGGUUCCUUCUCCUUCACACGAGAGGAAAKGACUUGUUAGUUGUGCCCCAAGAUCGUAUCUUACGGACUCGUCUUCUCGGCGAAUUCCACAACGGACGGCUUUCGGCACACCUUGGCGUGAACCGCACACUAGCACGCCUCCGCCAGCGUUUUCACUGGCCCGACGUCCUUCAUAACGUCACGAGGAACAUUGAGUCAUGUGCAGUUUGCCACCGUAACAAGGGUCGAUCUCGAGUCCCCUUCGGCGAACUGAAACCGUUGCCGAUUCCUCGGGCACCACGCCUCUCCAUUGCUAUGGACGUGACAGGCCCGUUUYCCCGCGAUCGCCACGGCCAUGACGGUAUUCUCACGGUCAUUGACCGCUUGAGCAAGUAUGCUCGCUUCCUUCCUUGCAAGUAUCAUGCUGCAGCACCUGAGCUCGCACGACUCUUGCACACCGGUUGGAUUACCAACCAGGGUGUUCCGGAAGAUAUAGUGAGCGACCGAGAUACUCGCUUCAUGUCGGCCUUUUUGACUUCUCUCAUGACUGAGUCCGGCACGACAAUGAAGCCAAGCUCGGCUCGGCACCAGCAGACGGAUGGUCAGACGGAGCGAGCGCACCAGACCGCUCAGAUGAUGUUGCGUACGCUCAUCCGUCCCGACCAGAAAGAUUGGGUUGACCGGCUUUCCGACAUUGAGUUCGCCUACAACACUUCGGUGCACCCGACGAUCUGCGUCACACCAUUCGAGCUACAUCAUGGUGGAGAGAAAGCACGGAUCUUCGCUGAUCUCCUUUUGCCACAGGCUGCCGACAUAGACGUCCCUUGCUCUCCCGCUUCCAUCGGGAAGUACCGGGACUUGCUGAUAAAAGCCCGCGCAAAUAUGCAAAAGGCUCAGGUCCGCAUGCAGCAGCAAGCUAACCGACGUCGACUUCCAUGUCCUUUCCGCGAGGGAAACCUUGUUUGGGUCCUCUCCGAGGAAUUUGCGCUCGAGCAGGAUGUUUCGCGCAAACUCCUUCCGAAAUGGUUCGGACCAUGGGAAGUCACUUCUGCCGUUGGAGAUGACCCCGCAGGUCCUUCCUUCGUGAUCAACAUUCCACCGCAUCUGACAGUGCAUCGGGUCUUCCAUGCAUCAAAGCUGGCCAUCUACACGCCACCUUCAGCUGACGAGUUCCCCGGACGUCGAUCACAGGAUCUGCCUUCGAUGGACGGACAUCAGGAAGUUGACCGAGUCAUCACGCACCGCAAGUAUGGCAACAAGCCAAGGCAGUACAAAGUCACAUUCAAGCAAUGUGCGCCUGAUGACACUCGGUGGAUCUCCAGUACUGAUUUGCAGACUUCUGCACCCCUCAUAUUCGCCGACUACGAGAAGCGACGCCUUGCUAAGGACGCAGCUCGUCCCGCCCGACCCACCCCGGUAUCGGACAGACAACUUCGCCCUCGCAGGUAGCUCGGUCUUUUAAGAGGGGGAGUGUGUUACAUCUUCGACGCACACGGGCCCUACCGGACCCGACUUAGGGUCAGAGGGACACAUCAGGGCCUAAAGGCCCGAGCUUG